GGUGCAUUUAAAUCACCUUCAAGUAGUCGAACAAGAUCUAAGUUGCAGUGCUAGUGGGAGUAGGAGUUCGAGAUAAAUGCAAGUAGUAGAUCAUUUAUAACAUCAAAUGAAGAUUGUGUAGAUGGUCGUCAACAUUGCACUCGUCCGCGACAACUGAUUCCGUUACUUCUCGCUCUUGGUGAAGGUGUAGAGAUUAAGUAGUUGGUCUACUUGUACUUCCACAACAGGCAAGCAUAACCAUCCAUUGCGUUUGUGUUUGUGAGCAAAAGACCAUAAAGAUGACGGUUUUCUCAAAGUUGCUUCGACCCGCCGCGCCACCGCUACGCACUGGCCGACUUCUACUUGGUACUUGUACCAAGGGAGGUUCCUCGUCAUCCUCAUCCACUUUUUCCUCAACAAGUAGGAGUGUUGCUGCUCCUGCUUCUAGAAGACAACUGUCAUCUCAUUUGCCUAGAAGUAGUACGACUUUGACUUCUCGUUCGUCCCAUAUGAUGAAAAUAGGUACAGGACGAGGCGCUCUUCCUCAACAACUUCUGGGUGUACGUGAAAGCAGUUGUACUAGUUCAACAUCUUCUUCUUUUUCUACUUCAUCUGCGCAAACUUGUUGUUCUACGUGGUCUACUUCCGCUUCUGGCGCAAGGCGAGAUCUCUCAACGAAUAGCCGUGCGAUUGGAAAUAUAUUGCAACGGCCAGAAUUCAAAUCGGCACCUGCAAGAGGUGGAACAUCAUCGACCCCUGGUGAAAGCGGAGAUCAUGAAGGGGGAGAGUCUUUACAUUAAGAAGGAGUUGUUGAUUAUGCCGUAUUAUAGUCUCGUAGCUAGAGCAGGUGACUGAAGGAUGAGAUCGAUGAAAUUUUCAUCUUCUCCCGAAAACUUCAAAAAGUACUAGACAGUUAGAUUUCAUUUUCAACAGAAGAUAGCGAUAGUGAUCAUUUGAAUCUCCACUCAUAGAUACUAGUAGUUGUACAUCAAAAAAGCGACCUAGUAGAUGAAGAAUAAAGUCAUCAAAGCUACAACUACACGAUGAUCACGACUGAGGAGAAACUCUAAAGAUUGAAACAGGGACAACAUGAACAACAAAAACAGCAAAGCCUCCAGACCUACGAGACGAGGAUAAAAAACCCUUUUGCCGAUAGACGGACUCUAGAUGUGGAACCCGUACCAAGCUUUAGCCAAUCUUUUUCCUCUACGACUAGUCCAACAAAUUCAUCUUCUACGACCUCUGGUACAACAAGUUCAAGUUCAUCUUCUCCAUCCAUCCUAACUGGUUCCCCACCGUCAACCUCGUCAUCUCUGUAUGCAGAACCGUUACAAUUUACGCAACUGGACAACGGUGCGAAGGUGGUUUCGUGUGAUAGUUAUGAGCGUGGUGGUUGUCUGAUUUAGAUUUUAGAAAUCAAGUUCACAAAAAAUCGAGUCAAGAAAAAUGUGAGGACUCUGUAGUUAUACUUGACAUAAUGAUGUACGAAAUAAAAAGAAGAUGAAAGUGAAAAGAACAACAAGAAGGACCUAAGUAAUUAACAAUCACAUCAGUGAUAGACACUGCAUCACCUCAAGUUAGGCGAAUUCAUUCAUUCACUCAUACAGCACUUCUGACCACACUUAGUCUUUUUGAUAGAUGAUACUGAUAAGACGAUCGAUACUGAUCGAGAAGCUUUGAUGUGACAGUGUUUGUUUCUUGAUGUCCUUGCUACUACUCCUUGACUGAACUAGCACAUUGAUUUUUAUGCUUUCGGAAACAAGAAUUUCUAAGAGAAAGGUGGAGCGGGCGCUCAUGUGGGACUGGCAGUUCAUAUCGGGUCACGAUUCGAGAACUCGCAAGAACAGUUAUGAUCGAGUGGAGCAGUUGCCCGUUGGUGGAUAGAAUUAGAACCUCUUCUAGUUCUAACUACUUGUGCAACUUUUUUAACUGUAAAAUGUAGUUCUUGACGUUGUAGUUCGUUGUCCUUGUCUUUGCCAGCAGUAAUUUCUUCUGCACAUCAUAUGGCUUUGAGUACUUCUCCAAGGAUAGAAUUCUCCACGUGCACUCGACGUCUAGGAUCAUCCUCUUCUAACCUAAGGCUGUACGCAUUUGUUGGAGAUGUUGGCACUGAGGGAAACUAGGCACUUUACGAACUACAAUAUGGCAAAGCUACUGGAAUCCAUAGGAGCCCACUUCAGUAUCGCUGGUGGGACCAGGGAAACGCUGCUUUAUAGGGUAAAAGUGAGCUACAACUAGAACAAGUGUGGAACCUUUGUUAUUUCAUGAUCUUCAUCUCCACCGAAUGAAAUCUUAUCAGCAUUCAGUCAGAGUCAUCUUCACGACGUUCUUCACAUCAACCACCAGGUAGAAGCACUCCGCGACGUGACUCGACUUGUUGUCCCCUUACUAUGUUCGAAUUUCUUGGCUGCGAGCUUUCAGCCUUUGGAAGUCGAAGAGGCACUCCACAAAAUUGAGGAGUCUAAGCAGCUAAUGCUGCUUGACCAACACCCGGAAGGUGCCGUAAACGAACUCAUUCAUGAGGUGGCGUAUGUUAAGGCUCUAUCGGUAUCGUAUACUAUGCAUCCUAUAUUAAUUCUUUCACUCUUCGGCCGCAUUCCCGUCUGAUCAUCGAUGUAUUUCUACUUUGCUUUCAGUCUCACUGGAGGGACUGGCUGAUGUAACGCGAAUUAUUCAGGGCUAAUGCAGGGUUAUUUAGUAUACUCAGAGUCUAUUCCUAUGUAUAGAGUAGGGACGAGGUCUUCUUCACGGAUCCGAACUUGAUGAACUUGAUGUGAUCAUCUUCCACUUCCAUACGCCGUCGCUGCUCUAACUACAGUAGUGGCCCCGGUCUGGGCAGUCCUUUAUUGGGGCAGGAUGUAGAGCAGAUGCGAUCAAAUUUGCAGCCGUUUCACAAUAGGUUCGCAUCUGAUGGCUCAAAAAUGCUGUUUUGUGCAGUGAACGUGCCACACGAGGAGUUCGUAAGAGAGGUGGAAGAUUGCGUCGAGGAAUGCAAGGCUGUUUCGAGCGAGUUUAAUGAGGCUACCGCUUCUUCGUCAACAACGCCAUCAGAAGAUGUUGAAAGUAUCAAAUCUUCGUCGACACAUACAGUUAAGGCUCAACUUUCAUUGGUCAUCAUUUAGAUUGGAGUCACUGACACGGAAGAGGAGCAGACCCCUUGAGACAACAGGGGAAAACGGAGGGACGAAAGGGGAGAGCUUUGAAGCUGCGGGUAUCUCCCGUUCAGAGUUAGUAACCAAUGAAUGCCGAGCUUUAAUACAGAAGAUAGCGAAGCAUCUACAACAACUUCUACAACAACUUCAUCGACAUCGACCUCAACGGAUUCAUCUUCAGCCCUACAACUAGAGCAUCCUCCAUUUCCACAGCCCUACUAUGGGGGUUUCUUGGCACGACCUUCACCUUUGGGGCCAGAGCAAUGUCCUUUGUCCCAUGUCGCGAUUGCUUUCUUUUAAGGCUACUUGUUGUAGAAGUGAAGAUCUGGUUCGUACUUACCUGAGGUCAACAUCUUCUUGGGGACUAACUUUGCCCGAUGUGUCUUAUACAAACGUCAAGGGGACUCGACCCCAAGGUCAAGAUGAACAUGUAUGGUUCUGGUAUUUGGUAACCUGAGUUUGAUCCUAAGGGUUCUCUUCUUGUUUUCCCUUAGGAUCAAACUCAGGCUACCAAAUACCAGAACCAUGCAGAACAGACAGCAGCCAGGGGCUCAUAUCCCAAGAGCCACCGCCAAUGACUUCUACCUCUAAUGUCUACUAGACGGCGGUUGGAAUGGCGAAGACGUACUGGCAGCAUCGGUCUUGCAAACCCUACUUGGUGGCGGUGGCUCCUUUUCAACCGGCGGACCGGGGAAGGGCAUGCAUUCAAGAUUGUUUUUAUGAUGAAACGAAACUUCUGGUUCAGUAGUUAGAUUUUCGCUUCAACAUGACGAUGACACCACUCGAUGAAAAUAUAUAUUAAUUUUCAAUCGACAAACUCGACCAUUUGAUGGGACGAGAGUUUUUUCACAACAACACCAUUCGAUGGGAGAGUUUUUUCACACAAUGUUUAAAUUCGGAUCCCAUAUUUAUAAGGUCAAAUCCUCCCUCAACCUUGUCUAUAAGAAAGAAAUCCCUCUCGGUCUCGUUUUCUAAUCUGCACUAGCGUCUUGAACCGGUAUCCAUGGGUAGAGCAAUGCUCAGCUUUCUCGCAUCAGUAUAGUGACACAGGCCUCCUCGGCAUUUACGGCAUCGUCGAGCCGAACCACGCGAAAGACUUUGUUACCAUAGUGGCGAACACUUUUUUAUGACUACUUGGUUGUCGUUGCACUUGCUCUUGCAUCUGCAGUUCUACCACGCCCACUUCAAGAACAGGAAUCUUGAAGAAAAGAAGAUGAACGAGAAGUUCAUCGUGGUGCUGGUAUGAAUAUGAGCCCCCCCAAGGAAUUGUUCCUCCUCCUCCUCCUCAUGCCUAUCCUCUAACAUCUCUCGACCUUCGCGCCUUCCAUCCUGUAGAAGUUCAGAGAGCCAAAAACCAACUGAAGAGUUCAAUUUUCAUGAACUUAGAACCGAACGCUGUCUUGAUGGAGGACUUUGCUAGACAACUGCUCAUGAGCGGAGUGGUUGCGAGUGGUAUUGCAAUUUAGCGUGAUACUUUUUUAGCCUCAUACCUUUACAGGUUCACUCAUAUAAGUAUCUAAAAUAUACAAAGCACUAGUUGUUGUUCCUUUUUUCUCAAAGAUUGAUUCCUAAUAUUGUAGGUCUUUCUCUUUGUACAGAGAUCAUCGCCACAGGUCACGACUUCGCCCGCAUGGUUGAUGACGUCACUGCGGAGGACCUCACAAACGUGGGUCGCAAGCUUUUGAACGCAAAACCCACUGUGGUUCACUACGGGAAUAUCAAGGAAGGGUUGAGCUAUUCCGAGAUAGAGCACACCUUCGACAUCGUCAGAGACAGAUUUAGAGAAUCAUGAUGUUGAAAUGGAGCAACGUCCGGAGGCGGACCAAAUGUCGCCACUGUUUUCGCAUAACCUCACCGUUGAUAAUGAUAGAUUCCGUCUCCUACCCGACUUGGUAGUACCUUGGAUUAUACACUUCGUUUCUCUGCCACAGCCUCCUGGUGUGCGUUGUCCCUG